GUUUCAUCAGGGACCCUUUAUUCCAAAACAGCCCGAAAACAGACGAUAAUGCCGAUGGACGCCAGCAGAGCGAUGCCGAUUGACGAGGAGAUUCCACAGAAUCGCAUUCUCUACUACUUUCAACAAGGGAAUCCAUUCUCUGUGGGGGCAAAAUGACCCAGAUUUGUAAUUUGAAAAACUCGCACAGAGCCUUAAUCCCUUGUUAAGUAUUCUCUCUGUCCCAUAAAUGGAUAAUUUUAUAUUACAUUAGUAAUUUCAUAUAAAAUGGUUUACGUGAUAUAGUAAAUUAAUAAGAGAAUUAUAACUUUCAGAUAUAUUUCUUAUGUUUUUGGCUGUUUUAAAAUAUAUGUCAUUUUCGCAAAGUCAAAAUUUUUAGAGUGAAUUUUUUAUUCUAUUUUUUCAUUAAUUUCAUAAUAAAACGUGUUAUCAAUUAUAAUUUUGUAUAUUUUUACCGCAAGCAACACUAAAAAAUUGGAAAGAUACUAAUUUUUUUAGAAAAUAAUGAGGAAGCACCUGAUUUUCUUCUUCUCUACUCCAAGUUGAUGUUUCCGCUAUUGCUUAAUGAAUUUCGCAUUUUGCGGUGUAUAUAUAUAUAUAUAUAUAUAUAUAUAUAUAUAUAUUUUAAACUGUGUGAACAAUGAAAGGUGGCAACCUUUUUGGGGGCUGAGUGAGUACAAUGCGAGGGGUCUCUUAUGGAGAACUCUUCCUGUUACUCGGAGCCACCGCUGCAUUGAUCGGUCACCUCUCUAUCUCUUCCUUUGUUUAUAAGGUUGUGGUAGAUGUUAUUGAAUUUAGAAUCCUGAUGUUGGUUUAAUGUAUUGUAAUUAAGAUCCAAGGAUCUAUAAAUAAUAGCAAGAACGGCUGGGAGAUUAGAUGUCGAGCCAUUGGCUAUGUACAGUUAACUCGUGGCCAAUUCGAAAACGUUAUGCAGCAAUCUCAAGCCCGCCAGUUUGAAUGUGGGAUUUAUGAAUUGCAAAGACGAUGUUUAUUGAGAUAUGUAGUAGUUUUUGUUUUAGGUCCACAAGGAAUUUCAGGACACAAUCUAUCUUGAAUCCUGAUCCAUUAACUCGGAGGCUUGUAGAUAACAUUGAUCCUUCAUCUGGUUCUAAUGCCUUUCUUGUUGAGGAUUUAGCCAGUAGUGUUCCUGUAAAUUUAGAUACAGAGAAUACACUGAAAGCUGUUGUUUCCAAGCCUUAUAUUGAGCAAACAAAUGGAGGGAGUAUAGCAACAACUACCAUUUCCAAGGGUUCUGGUUCAAAGGCCUCAGAUUCGUGUAUUUUGCACAGCGAAGCAACUGCUUAUGCAAGAUUGGCUGAAUCCUCUUCCGCGAAGCUUGGCUCAUAACUCAUUGCAAAGUGGUGCAGAUGCAGGAAAUUUUGUUGAUGAUCUUGGUCUUCUAAAUGUUCUGCCUGUGUCUGCUGAAAGUACUGGGAUGUCACCAAAUCGCCCAGGCAAUAAUUUUUUUUUUUCUGGAGCCAUACUAUCUUAUGUUUGCAUCUAGCAAUGAUGCCUUGUAAGCAGUAAUCCAGUGUUAGCAUUAUUGUUCCUAGUCUUACUGUAGUCAGGUUAGUAGGGUUUUUUGAAGUGAAAUGGGCAUUGCUCCUCUGGGUGUGUUACUGUGUCUUUGUUUUGACAGGUGAUGUAUCCUUAUCACUAACAUUUGUUGUUUCUGUCUCAUGCUCCCCUUUGUUUUGCCUAUGUCCACCCCUCAUCCCUCAGCAUGCAUACACAUGUAGAACGAUGGGAUUUUUGUUUACUUUUAUCUGUUUAUGACACAUGAUGAACUGUUUGUAUAAUAAAGACAAUAACAUUAUGCGUA